ACAGCGCAAGUCCAAUCAAUCCGCGAUUUUGUCUUGGCCGGAAAAAAUCACAAAAAUACUUCUUUUUUGGCAGCUUUUCAAGUAGAAGUCGUCAAUAUGAGGCUAUUGACGAUAGUAGCUUUAACAGCUCUUGGAAUGCUCGUUGAGUCAAGGCCUGAGCAAGGAGAGUUAGCAAAACUGUACAAUGUGGAAACAGAAUAUAUUGGUUGCUACAAAGACGACAAAUCSCCAUUUAAAGAAGAGGAACGGKCCCUUCCCUAUCCAAUCAAAAACUUCUACGGCGAUAAAAUCAAUUGUAUUCAAGCGUGCGCUGCAAAAUUCUUUCCCUAUGCCGGCCUUCAAAAUGGUUACCUGUGCUUCUGUGGACAUAAUUWCGACAAGUAUGGAGAUGCUGAUGAGAAGUACUGUAACGUGAAGUGUCGAGGAAACCAUAUUAGAGCCGAUCAUCUUGGAAGAACUAAACAUGGCGAGUUUUGGGAGGUUUGUGGUGGACUAUGGUAUAACUCUGUUUACUCUGCGUAUGGAUUGAUGAAACAAGAGCACCUGGCUCAAGAACGCAAACUUGAUGAUUCCUGGCUGUUUUCAAAGAAAAAGUAAUUCGACUAAGACUGAUAAUGUAUAAAAUAUGUAAAUAGAACAAUGCAGGACUACUGCAGCUGUGCAUCUUUGGAAAUGCUGAUCCAGUAAAUAACGUGUACGAAGACAGUAUUUGCUUAUUCACUGGAGGCUCUUGUGCAUUUAGCGGAUGUACAAAAACAUUUGAAACUUCAAUGUGGGUCGAGUUCGGUUUCACCGAUAAAACGUACAAACUUACUUUAAAUUGAUACCUUUUCAAGUUUCAAAAAAUUCAGUAAAUUAUGAAGAAAAUAUCGAAGAGUUUGUUGUCGGAUUUGAGGGUUUUCCUUUUCAGGAUAUGAAUUAUGUAUGUAAUAAAAAUUACAAUCAUGUUUUCAGUUGGUACCAAAUACAUUGUAUAUAGUGAAAUAGUUGUAUUAAUAACUAAUAAUAAUAAUUCAUUAUAGCAUAAUACAAGGAUUCUAUGCUUUACAAAAUAAGGAAACAUAAAAUUUACAUCAAUGAUACACAAAUGAGUCCUAAAUGAAGUACAUAUGAUAAUAAACGUAGCCGUAUUCUUAGA